AUGUCUAAAUUUGGAGGAGCCCCAAAAUGUCCACUUUGUGCCAAGAGUGUAUACGCUGCUGAAAAAAAACUUGGACCUGGAGGUAAAGAUUAUCAUAUUGCAUGCCUUGUAUGUACAACAUGCAAAAAGAGUUUAGAUUCAACUAAUCUUUGUGAAAAUGAGAAUAAACCCUAUUGUAAAGCUUGUUAUGGUAAAAACUUUGGACCAAAAGGAUUUGGAUUUGCUGCUGGUGGUAGUAUGAUGCAUACCCAAUAA